CUUUCUGCCAUUCUUGAAAAUAUCUAAUGCGGCUCCAAUGUGAUACCACUUUUCUUGUAAAACAACAAUGAAACCAAAUAAAAUCGGAUUUGCUCCUCACACAUUUGGUCUUCACAACCCUUGCAUCUGCUGUGCACUGGGAACGUUUUUUCAUGAAUAAAACAUAUAAGUACGGAGAUGUUAAAGAUGCGUGUGGCAGCAAAAGUUGUGAGGACUGAUUUUGUUAAGAGAAAUUCAGAACUCCCAAACAGCUACAUCGUCUGCUACUGUUGGAGCUGCAAUAAAACCUGCAUCAGACCCUGCAACCCAUGGCGUGGUGGCAUUGAUGGACUGCUACCAGUAAGCUGGGAUUUCGGAAACUCCUUGAUCUAUACUGGAGGCCAAUGCAAGAUUGGAGCUGCAAAGAUGGACUGUUGCCGGAGGUAAGGUGGGAUUUGGCCGGAAUUCCUGCAGAGUUAAAAGCUACGGCAACGGAUCUGGUAGCAGCAGCCAUGAAAGUUCUAGCAAAUGUCCCAACGACAACGACAACUGUUAUUGGGUUUAUCACUUGGAACAUCUUCUUCCCCUUCCAACCUUGUCAAAGCUUCCAUGGGCUCAUUUUCCCUCUUCUAAGAAAAGUAGCGACGUCUCUCUUAGCAUCAGCGACUGUGCUCACCUUGAACGUUGAAAUCUUCCCCGUAGCCCUUAGUAUUCUUGACUGCACACCCCCUGUGUUCCGACCAGGUGACUCCCGUCUUUGAGGCCGCCCCUAUUCCUUCCUCUUCAUCCUCCACUACCAUCCAUCGAAGCUUUCUAGCCAGUCUAGCAAACAAUGAAUCUGAUCCUUAUGACUUUUGCAGCCAGGGCCUCGAGGAUCUCGUGUGCUGCCUCAACGUCCCCCCAUUUCAAGUUUUCUUCUACAACUUCGGUGAAACCCCACUGUUUCAGAGGUUCCGAUGACUUUUACAGUCAGAUUUUCUUCUAUAACUCCAUUAUUUCGACAGUUACAGCGGUUCCAAUGGUAACAACGAAGGAAAUAAGGAGAGGUGGAGAACCAGUGGAGGUUAACACACAUCUGUUAAAAGACUUUAACGAUUAAGAAGGAUUAGUUAAUUAUCAAAAACAAUAGGGAUAGCACCAGUCAAUUUUUAAACAAUAUUAGUACAUUUAGUCAAUUAGUCAAUUUUCAAACGGUAGGGUAUACUAGUCAAUUAUCUAAAUCAUAAGGACAGUUUAAGAAAUUUACCCUUUUAUAUAUCGGAGUUUGGCUCGGGCCUGAAUGUAUUUUUUGUUAAUAAAGAGGUCUCGUUGGUGGGUUGUAAGUUUUCCGGUAUCAUGUCCUUCCGGUUAACCGUUGAUAUCAAAAGGAGGUAAACGAGCUUCUUCUAUUCAAAAGCCGAUCACUUUUACGAGCGACCCUCACUGCAAAACGGUUCCAUCCAGCACUACAACUGCAACCAAGAAACUCCACCCAUAAGAGAUUAGUAGGAGGGUGGCGGUGCAGGAAUUCGAAAUUUCUUCCAUGAAACCAGCUCCCAACGAGGUUGCGAAGCUAAUAGGCAAAGCACUAAUAUCAGCUUCGAAUCGUUUAAGACCAAUCCGGUCAUGGAACCCUUCACUUGAGCAGACACUCCACCAACUUAGUUGUCGAGACUCGCUCACCCCAUCACUCGUUGCCCGAGUAAUUGACCCAUAUCUCCUCGAUCACCAUUCACUUGCUGUUGGCUUCUUCAAUUGGGCUUCUCAGCAACCUAGAUUUUCACAUACGUCUGUUACCUAUCAAUCUCUCCUCAAAUCACUCUCAAUCUCGCGCCAAUCCAAUUUGGUUGAAAAAUUUCUUAGACAAAUCAAGGCCCAGAAAAUUGUUCUUGAUUCUUCAGUCUACGGCUCUCUAAUUGCUUCACAGAUUAUUGGUAAGAAAUCUCGGAGUGCUUUUGCAAUAUUCAAUGAAGCGAAUGAAUUGGGUCAUGAAAUUGGACACAACAUUUGUAACUCGCUCCUUGCCGCUCUUGCCUCCGAUGGGCACAUUGGUUCAGCCAAACGGAUGUUUGACGAAAUGUGUAACAGGGAUAUCCGUGUGAGUACUUUUGGGUUUGGAGUUUUUAUUGGAGGGUUUUGCAAAGUCGUAGAUCUAAAUGAGACAUUGAGUUUAUUAGAUAGGAUUAAGUGUGGUAGAUCGGAACUUAAUAGGUCAACUAUUGCACUUUUGAUUGUUGAUGGGCUUUGCCGAGUGUCUAGGAUUUCGGAGGCUUUUUCAGUAUUGGAGGAACUUAGGAGCAGAGAAUACAAGCCUGAUUUUAUGGCGUAUAGGGUUGUAGCCGAAGCUUUUAAGUUGGCUGGUCAACCAAUAGAAGCUGAGAAUGUCUUGAAGAAGAAGAGGAAGUUAGGAGUGGCGCCAAGGGCGAAGGAAUAUAGGGAAUUCAUUUUUGCUUUGAUUUCUGGAAGACAGAUUCAGCAAGCAAAAGAUUUAGGUGAGGUGAUUAUAAAUGGGAACUUCCCAAUAGAGGAUGAUGUUCUUAAUGCUUUGAUAGGAUCAGUUUCAGCCAGUGAUCCUGAUUCAGCAAUUCUGUUUUGCAAGUUUCUCAUUGAGAAAGAGAGGUUCCCUACCAUUCUUACAUUGAGCAAUUUAAGUAGAAAUCUAUGUAAGAAUGGCAAGAUCAAUGAAAUGUUGGAGGUUUUUCAGAUUCUGACUUCGAAGGAUUACUUCUCAGAUGUGGAUAGUUACAAUUUGAUGAUUUCAUUUUUGUGCACAGCAGGAAGGGUGAAAGAAGCUUACAAAGUCCUUCAGGAAAUGAGGAAGAAGGGAUUCAGCCCCAAUGUCUCUUCUUUUAAUUCUCUAAUGGAAGCUUGUUGUAAAGAAGACCUUCUACGCCCUGCAAAAAGGCUGUGGGAUGAGAUGUUUGCGAGUGGGUGUCAUGGAAACCUAAAGACUUACAACACUCUUAUCAGGAAGUUCUCGGAGACAGGUGAAGUUGAAGAUGCUCAGCGGCUCUUUCAUCACAUGUUAGAGAAAGGGGUAGCUCCAGAUAUUAUAACCUAUACGUCUCUCCUCGAAGGGCUUUGCCGAGAAGCAAAAAUUGAAGCUGCUUGUGAGAUCUUUAACAGGUCUACUGAACGGGACAUUGCACUUUCGCAAAUGAUAUUAAGUACAUUAGUCCGUUCUCUAUGCAGGGAAGGUUAUUUUUAUGUGGCUUCAAAGGUAAUCCAUGGUCUGACGCCUGAUAUAGAAAAUCAUGACUCCCAUGUGAUUUUUCUAAAGUCUUUAGUGAAUGCUGGAGAAAUUGGGAUGGCCGUUGAACAUGUACAACAGAUCAAGGACAAUGCAUCUACUUUGCAAGCAAUAUGCAAUGAACUUGUUGCAUCUCUUUCUUCUUCCUUAAGGCCAGAACCAAUCCUACAGUUGCUUAGUCUAAUGCAGGAAAAGGGUCUUGUUGACAAAGAUGAUGCUUGGAUUGGUGUGCACAAUAGAAUGUUGGAGGAUUUUAGACGAGGGCCUGUUAAAUAAAAUUCCACAUGAUCCAGUGCUCUUGUCUCAAAUCUAGAUGUUAGAUCCUCAUAAGAAGAAUGAUGAUCAGCAAGAGGAAAAAUUAUUGGUUGUGACCAAUUCCAGGCAAGUGAAGAUAUUGAUAGAGUUUGAAGCGAUACUCGCCAGAUUCAAUAUCCAGAGACAAUGGCAGUUCAGUUUUCCUUUUUGCGUCCCCUCCUGUAGCAGGGGUUGGUAAAACUUAAUACAGAUGGAGGUUUUUUUAUUCCAAGUUUGGUGUGUUUUUUGUGUCAUAGCCAGAUAUCAAAGUGGGGAAUUUUUGUGACAGCCUGCUUUGGCCCAUGUUGGGCCUUAAUUGUUCCACAAGCAGAAGCUAUAGUGAUUUUGGAAGCCUUGAAUUUAGCAAGAAGACUGGGUUUUGACAGGGUGAUUGUGGAAUCUGAUAGCAAGGUUCUGGUUACAAGCCUAGAGCUAAAAGUUUCAAUUUAUCCUCAGAAGUGUUCUUUCUCGUGAAGGUGAAGUGCUCUCAGUCUCCUGUUUUGUUAGCAGGAAGCUAAACAUGGUGGUGCACUCUCCGGCUAGGAAAGAUCUGAUUGAUCAAGGUUCUUUUGUCCAUCCUUGCCCGGACUGGGUUGGGGCUCUAGCUAGAGCAGAUUUGAUUAAUUUAUUGUGGUUUCUCUAGUUUUUGUCUAUGCUUUUUUUAGGUUGCUUUGUAAGUCUGGACCUCUGUUUCUUUGAAAUGAAUAUUCAGGUGUUUUUAGUACCCCAAAAAAAAGGAUUCGUAGGGAAGUAUGGACUACUUCAAGACAGGAGGACAUGAUUCAUUGUUUAUUUUCCAAAUAUGUAAAAGUAAAACCAAGAGGAAAUCUUCAAGAUACGCUUCUAUGGUUGAGAUUGCUAGUCCCAAGGUACUUUUGCCAUUGUAGUAGAGGUCAUGUCAAAUAUGUAUCCCAGAUUUACAAGUUUAUACAUUUGAAGAAUUUACACGUUGUAAUUUACAAGUUUAUAGAGGCCAUGUUACAAGUUUAUACAUUUGAAUAAUUUACUCUUCA